ACCAAAACCAGUUCAUAUAUUGUAGACGUACAACAUUUUCGAACAGUUCCUCCCUACUCCUGUACAAAAGAACACCCAUAUAUUGAAACCCUAAUAUUUUUCGACCGUAAACAUGGCAAGGUACUACAACGACCGAUAUUAUUCUUACUUAGACUACCUCUCUUUCCCUAUCCACCUCUGCUUCUUCGUUCUCAUACUCUUGUUCAUCAUGGGAUUCACAUGGUACAUAAACUACGAGUCCAUGUUCGAGGAUUUGAUCACUCAGAUUAAGCUCUUCUGCAUGAUUGUCCCCUUGCUUCUACUGAUACUGGUCCACUGCCUAUCGGGCGGUGUUCCAUUUCUGAUACCGUUGCCGGAGAAGGAUUCGCUUCAUCGGGCCGGAGGAUCUCCUUGGGGCGUGGCAGCCUUGCUUGUGUUCCUCUUGUUCAUGAUCUCCUACCAAUCUUCUUUUCAUGAACGAUGGUUUCCCUUACUAAGUAGAUGAUCGAUCAUAAUCUAGUAAUUAAUUAGUUUAGUGCGUGGUUUUGUGCCAUAUUUAUUGUUAAAGUGGGCUUAAUUAGCUUUAUUUAUGCCAUAUAUAUAUACAAGACUCUUGCUUUUAUAUAUUUAGGCUAAUUAAUCUAGCUAGCUCGAUCGGUACGGUGUUUGGGAAGAUGCAUGUAAACCUAUAUAUUAAUGUAAGACCCCCGGAUUUGAUGUAGUAAUUAAUAGCUACAAUGUUUUUAUUAUUAUUAUUGUUGUUGAUCCAGUCCUUCAUAUGUAUAUCUUUAAGACUUUAAGUAUGUUAAUUUCUUGUGAAGUAA